AAUCAGAUGCCACUGUUGCUAGAAAUACUGGCGAAAGUAGGAGAGCAACGAUAAACUAGCGCCGAUGUUUGCGCAUGCGUGUGCAAUUGUGAUUCAGUGCGCAUGUGCGACCAUAGGGGGCGUGGUACAAUGUACGGUGAGUCGGUUCACGACGCAGACACUCGAAAGUCUUUUGCUAUAGCUAGACGAGUUAAGUGGGGCCAGUGACGACAUGAGUGAGGCCAAGGAAGCGCCCAAGGGUCUACAGGCUCUCUUCUCUCGACCUAGAAAAUUUUACGAGAAGGUGGAGAGUGGGACUGUGGCCAUGACGUCAGCGGCUACGGAACUGGUGUACGUCCGCGAGUGCCGCGACUGUGAGCUGAGAGCAACCACCAAACUCGCCAAGUGUAUCAUUGAUUCGUGUUCUAAUGUGAAGGUAGCUCUGGAGGAGCCAAUAAUGAGCGGAACACUGGAAAUGAUUGACUGUAAGAAUGUGUCGGUCCUCAUUAACCCCCGCGAUAGCCUCCCCACCAUUUCGGCCGAACGAUGUGAGAGCAUUCGUUUCCACCUCGUUAGACCGGGGGCGAUGGGUUCAGUGUACUCUGUCCAGUGUAGGGACGUGAGUGUCCAUUUCAAGCCUCCGCAUCGAGAGGAGUACGUACUGGAGCUGCCGGGGGGAGGGGUGGAAGAGGGAGGGAGGGGUCAGUUUGUCAGCUACCUCAGUGGAGAAAACAUGGUCACUGAGAGAGUUGUUCGAGAAGGUUCGGGGUACGCAACAACUGCUACUAAGCUGGCUGAAGCUGAGAAGAAACAGAAAGAACUGAUGAGGAGGUUUGAGGAGCACGUGGUGAAGAUGCUCGGCAUGAGUGGGCCUACCUCCACCACCACCACCAGCUACUACCCCUGCUCCUCCUCUGCCCACCUCAAGACAAGAGACUCGGGAAGACGGAGAAAACACUGAGACUGCCUCCACUGCAGCUGAGCCUCAGAAAGAGGAUGGGUCUGGAGACCCCUGAGCAAAGAAUGAACAGACCUAAGCAAUCCACAACAGUAUAGUAUGCUACAGCGAGAAGUACUCUUCUUUAGAUAGAUUAGUAUAUAAAUGAAAGCUAAUGGCUUGAUCACCCUAAAAUUGUCAGUCUCAGACCUUUUUAGUGUUUUAUGUGAUAAAUAUUGCAGGUUGUUACGUUUCUGCGGUAGGAUGGGAUGCUGUAAUGUAUAUACAAAAUGCAACGUGUCAAAGUUGAAUGAAGUCUUCU